CCGAUUCCGCCGAAAUGGAUCCUCAAGAUGAGUCAACCUUUUGCGCUGAGUGCAAUAACUGCCCAGAAGAUAUUUUGGUAUUGAUAUGCAACCAUAAUUUGUGCCUUCCUUGAGCAAGCAAGAAUUUGAAAAGAGAGUCUGAUAAGUCUCAGCAUACUUUCCAGACUGUGGUAUGCACAGAAUGCGGGCUUGCUACCGUAUUAGACCCAGAAAGUGCUACCACCCUUAUUUCUAUGUACCAUGAAAUAGAAGAAGAUAGUGUUCACUCCGUAAAUCAAAGUAAAAAUUAUAAGGAAGUAAGCUCGCCUCCACAGGAGAGUUUGUACACAAGAGACCUACCUAAGCAAAGCCAUGAUUUCCGGGAUACAUUCCAUGCUCCUCCAGUUCAAUCUACUGUUAGCCAAGAAUCAGAAAUGACUUACUGCACCGAGCAUCCUGAUGAGAUGGUUAAUUACUACUGAUUUGAAUGUAAUGUGGCAACCAUCUGUGCUGAAUGCGUGAUCCAUGGAUCCCACAAAGGACAUGAUGUCCAAACUCUUAGAAAGGCAUACCCCCUGAUUUGUUCUAAACUUGAAGACCUAAAGGGAAGUGUCAAUUCUAAAAUAGAAGAACUUAUCCAAUCCCAACAGAAGCUUGAUUCUGGAAAGAAGGAAAUCCUCAGCCAAGUCAGUUCGAUCAAGAAGAGGAUCUCUGACACUGUGCAGGAGCUCAAGGAAAAUAUUGAUAGAAAAGAACAAGAAUUGCUCAAAGAAGCUGAUGAAUUCCAAGAACAAAAUACCAAGCAAGUAGAUCACCUCCUUAGACUAGCCAAUGGAAGAGCUAUGAACCUGAGCGAGCAUAUUCAAACCAUUAAGCAGGCUUUGACCAACUAUGAUUUUAAAACUGCUUGUAACUUCUAUUCUAAGAAGUUCUCAGAGAUCAACGAAUCUAGUGAUACUGAAAUUCCUCAGUUAGAGUCGAUCUCAAGACAAGCUAAAAAUAAGUUCCAGAUCAAAUCACAGAACAUAAAUGAUAUUAUUGAGAGCCUCCAAAACUUUAAGCUCAAUCUUGGAGGCCUAAACUUAAAGAUGAACCCUCUGGAGGAUAUUUCUAACAAAAGGCAAGCUGCUAAUUUCGAGGAAAGACCCAAGGAGACCCAGGGGCUACCUCAGAACUUAUUCGAGCUAGGCUACAAGGCAAACUCAAGUUUAAAAACCUCUGUUGCUAAGACAAUGAACAAGAUAAAGCAGAAUUUUGUAGAUGAUUCUCCUCAAGAUCAUCAAUUUUAUGACCCCAAGCCAACGAAGGGUCCUAGUUUCAGGAACACUUCAUCAGGAAGUAUCCAGAGAGAACAUGUGAUUUAUGGUGAAGAAGAAGAUGACUAUGAGUUCAUGUAUAAGUAA